AAAAAUAUGACGUUUCAUUGACACGCAUUUGACGUUUCUAUUUAUUGUUUGUGCUGAAAAUUUUAUUAUCCAAUUGUUAUCAACGUAAUUUGCUGCAAAAUUAAUUUUUGAUUAUUGUAUGACAUGGAUUCCAAAAGCGAAUUGUUUGAUCUUAGCGGCAAACUAAUAAUAAAAGUUCAAUUAGGGGAUGAUAUUAGACGUAUACCAAUACAUAACGAAGCAAUUACUUAUGAUGAAUUAUUGUUGAUGAUGCAGAGAGUAUUUAAGGGCAAACUUUUUGCCAGUGAUGAUAUUACAAUAAAAUAUAAAGAUGAGGAUGGUGACCUCAUCACAAUCUUUGAUAGUUCAGAUCUUUCAUUUGCUAUUCAAUGUAGUCGUAUAUUAAAGCUACAAAUUCUACCAAACACUGAUAACAAAAGUGAGACUGUUAGUGUUUUAUCAUCAUCUGAUAUAAACAAACUGAAACAACAAUUGAAAACAAUAAGGAACCAAGUGAAUGACUUGUUAGAUUCAUUGGAAAUUAGUGAAACCUCAUCGGCACCUGGUGCGUCAGUACCCCAAGUUAGUGAAGAAAAGUCAUCUAGUGACAUAAAUCCCCCAAAUACUCUCAACAAAGUAAACUCAAGCGAGUUCGACCCUUUGAAAGACAAGCCUCAGAAUGGGGUUGAAGAGACUAAGGAAGCGCCAAAACCAACACCGACGCCCCCAGUUAACAGCAAUGAGGCCCCAAGUCAUCAGCCCCAACCCGUUCCAGGGUCUACUGCGGUGCCAAUUCCUCAAGGACAACCAAUUGCUGCGUCAACAGCCACCAGUCAUCAUAAUCUGAAUGAUUACUAUAACAGAACAACCCAAAGUUAUCCCCACCAAAUGGCGUAUAGCAGUGUGCCCUACCCCCAACAACAGUAUUCUUACGCUGGUUAUGGUCAGCAGGUGGAUCCCUCACAAGUCCCCAAUUCAAAUGCUUACACUAAUCCGCAACAAAGUAAUGUUACAUAUCCAACCCAACAACAGUAUACUCACCCACCACCAGGAGUGUAUGGGCAAGGUCAAGCGAAUCCCUAUUCUAAAGCUUAUACGCAGCCCAGCCCCCAGCAUGGCUACAAUAUGCCACCGCGCCAAUAGUCAGUUGAUAGUUAUUUAUUUAUGUGGCUUUCUUGCUGUCUUCGGCGAUCAUUCUAUCUUUCUAUCUUAAUCUUCAUAUUGUACUGAUACAACAAAUAGGUAUAGCAAUAAAAAUGUAUUUUCAAUUAUUUUAAUAAACAAAUUAAAUGAU